GUCUCUAGCCCUCUGGACCUCCUUCUUCUGUUUUUGCAACCCCUUUGGAACGAUGGACAACACUGACUACACGAGAUUUCCACAUAAGUCCACCACCUCCUCCUCCUCUUCUGUCGGGCAUGCCGGUGUACUAGUGCGCGUCUGGACACAGUUGAGGAUGCGAGGGGAUGUACAAACACGGGGAUGUAUGACGAGCAGGAGGGAAUGUGCGGAAUCUCCCUUUUCCACCUCAGUUUAAAGAUGUAGUUGCUGUAAUGCGUGCACGGGGCUCAGGACCAUUGCUUUCCUUCGUAGGAUCUCUGUUCAGUCGGAGCGAGUGCUUGCAAGCAGCCGGAUAUCUUUCCAACCGCGGACUGUACGCGCUCCCCGGUGCCGAGAAGCUUUUCAUGCAGAAAUGACUGAAAUGUCUCAAAGUCAGUGUGCUGCCUUGGUUGGUGAAGACCAGCCCCUCUGCCCAGACCUCCCUGAACUUGACCUCUCAGAGCUGGAUGUCAGUGACUUAGAUGCAGACAGCUUCCUGGGUGGCCUGAAAUGGUACAGUGACCAAUCAGAGAUCAUUUCCACUCAGUAUGGGAACGAAGCAUCCAAUCUUUUUGAGAAGAUAGAUGAAGAAAAUGAGGCCAACUUGCUGGCAGUGCUUACAGAGACCCUGGACAGCAUCCCAGUGGAUGAGGACGGAUUGCCUUCGUUUGAGGCCCUGGCAGAUGGGGACGUGACCAAUGCCAGUGACCAGAGCUGUCCCUCCUCUCCUGACGGCUCUCCACGAACCCCAGAGCCGGAGGAACCUUCCUUGCUGAAGAAGCUCCUUCUGGCACCUGCAAACUCCCAGCUCAGCUAUAAUCAAUACACAGGUGGCAAGGCACAGAACCAUGCAGCCAGCAGCAACCACCGGAUCAGACCACCACCUGCCGUCGUCAAGACGGAGAGCCCCUGGAAUGGCAAAGCAAGAGGGGGCUCCAGCCAACAGAACCGCCCGGUGAGGCGGCCUUGCACUGAGCUGCUGAAAUACCUAACAGCCACCGAUGACAUCCUGCUCCACACCAAAGCCAGUGAAGCCAAGAGCGCCUGGGGGGGUGCCAGUAGCAGGGACAAGAGUGGCCUCGGUCUCGGCGCCUCCUCCUCCUCCUCUUCACCAUCCUCUUCAUCCACCUCCUCGUUCUCCUCCCUCUCCUCCACCUCCUCUUCCUCUUCCUCAACCACCUCCAAGAAGAAGUCAGCUGUGCCAUCUCAACAACAACAACAACAACAGCAGCAGCAGCCGCCGCAGCAGCAUCACCAGCGAGGUGAGAGCCGGGCUGCAGGCGAGUGUAGUAUGGCUGGUGUUGGGGCUGGGAAGUGGCAGCGUUGCACUCACGAUGACGGGGUUGAGGAGUCGGAGGGUGCUUCUAUCCCUGUUGGCCACAGAACCUCCACCUGCGGCCAUGCCCACCCCAAACUGGAGCAUGGGCCGCCCAGUGAAGAAGGAAGGCCGCCAGGCGAUGUGGGCCGCCUGGCCGCCGCUAGGUUUAUUAGGUAUAUGCAUUCUUAUUCCCUCCCUCCCCGAGAGGUGAGUCACAGCUGUGAGCAUUGCCGAGAGGCUGCGGGCGCCACUCAGGCUAGUGAGGGCUUUGGCAGGCAAGGCCGUAGUAACAGUAGCGGUGCCAGCCAUGCACCGCAUAGGCACAUCACAGUGACUAUAAAGAAAAGAGAUGAGAAGCCGGGGCAUCCUUUACUUAGCCAGCUGCUCACCUCCAAACAGAGGCCCGCUCAAUAUCGGGCCCAGAUGCUCCCAUCUAAGAUUACCCCUUCACGUAGUACUAAGAGCAGAUUCUCAGGUAAGAGGCCUGAGAGCCCAGCCCAGACUGUUUCUGAGGUGAAAAAGGAGGAGCUCAGAGAGACCACUGAUCACACAAACCAGGGAGUAAGUCCGGCUGAAGAGCCUGACUCAGAGCCCCUGUUGUCACCUCUCACCUUAGACCUAGAGAGCUGGGUUAGCCAGCUGGACUCAGAGCUAGACAUGGGCUUUGGACUAGAGCUGGGGUGGCCAAGCCAGGGGGGCUAUGGGGAGGAUGUUGACCAUGAUGAUGAUGAUGAUGAUGAUGAUGAUGAUGGUGUUGUUGACGAUGAUGACGACCGUGUCAUGGGCAGCCCCGCAGCGGUGCUCUCACAGGGCCCUCCAAGCCCACUCAUCCCAGAUACUAGCAAUGCAGAGCCCACCCCUCCCUGCAUCAUACAAGGGCAAGGGCACCCACACAGGCAGGCACUCAGCGAGCACCCCGAUGACCAGGGCCUCCUGUUGUUAGCCAAACCAACCACCUUGCCACUUCCUUUGACCCCAGAGUCUCCAAAUGACCACAAGGGAUCACCGUUUGAGAACAAAACCAUUGAACGGACAUUAAGUGUGGAGAUUGCUGGAACCCCAGGUCUGACACCACCUACCACGCCCCCACACAAAGCCAGUCAAGAGAAUCCUUUCAAAGCAUCUCUCAAAACCAAGUUGUCUUCAUGUUCCUCCUCGGCCUUGACAUGCAAAAGAGCCAGGCUGAGUGAGUUGGGCCCCGGCGCUCUGGCCCCGGCCCCAGGUGCCUCAGGCGGGGGCCCCAUCAGGAAGGGUCCCGAACAGACUGAGCUUUAUGCCCAGCUGAGCAAAGCGUCCACCACCCUCCCUUACUCCGUCACCCAACACGCAGUGGGGGGUGGCCUUGAGGAGCAUCGCAGCACUGGCACCAAUAAGCGGGCCACGCCCCGCGGCUACAGUGACCAUGACUAUUGCCAGGCAUCCGCUAGCGCUAAGAAGGAUGGGGGUACAGCCACUGUUACCAUGACUACAGCUGUGGAAAUGACAUUCACCUCAGGUGCCACUGCUGCUCCAAUGCCUACUGCAGGCAACGUGGAGAUCAGGCAUGUCGAAUGUAAGGACUCAGCCAUGCCACCACCCUCUUCAUUGUCUUCUUGUUCUCCAUCAUCAGCUUCACCUGGUCUUAUUGCUAAGCAGCAGAAUUUUGUCUCUGUGGACGGAGAAGCGAGCCAGGAUAAGGGGUUUGCGGAACAGACCGUUACACAAGCCACUCAGAUCCCCUCACAAGAGGCUACUACUGACAGGGACCAACAACAUCUUUCUGCCACCAGCCGGAAACUCCUGUGCGACCAGGAAAUCAGAGCAGAACUCAACAAGCACUUUGGCCACCCCUUACAUGCCCUCUAUAGCCAGGGUGGCCAGGAGAGAGAACCGAGCGGCAAAACGAACAAGGUUACAGCUCCUCAGUCCCUCGAGGGGGGAGGAGAUGACUGCUGCUCCCAGAGGCUGCCUGGCUCCAGCUACCUGCACCAGGGGUUUCUGCCCUUCCACGAUGAGCUGGAGCUGGGCGAGGGCCGCGAGAGUCGCUUCCUCUUUCCGUGGGAGGGCACCCCUCUGGACCUACUCUUUGACUGCGCCCCCUGCUCUCCCUCCUGUUCCCCACCAUCCAGCUGCUCCCCUUCACGAGGCUCCGUCUCUCCACCGUCCUCCCUCCUCCUGUCACCCAGCAGGCCUUUCUGCUGGACCAGCAGUGGGUCCCGUUCUCGUUCUCGUUCCCACUCUGGCUCUCGCAGCUCCUCCUCGCGAUACCGUAGGCGCUCUCUCUCCAGCUCACCUGACAGACGCCCGUCCUCCUGGUCUCGUCACAACACCGAUUUAAAUGCUUUUCGUUCCAGGACUCACAAGAGCCCCCACCCUCAGUCUCGAUCUCCUCUCAGCCGCAGGCCAAGAUAUGACAGCUAUGAGGAGUACCAGCACGAGAGGCUGAAGAGGGAGGAGUACCGGCGGGACUACGAGAAGCGGGAGUUCGAAAGGGCCGAGCAGAGAGAGAGGCAAAGGCAAAAAGCAAUAGAGGAGAGACGGGUGGUGUACGUGGGGCGACUGAGGUCCGACUGCACCCGGACAGAGUUGAAGCGCCGCUUUGAAGUCUUUGGCGAAAUAGAAGAAUGUGCAGUGAACUUGAGGGACGACGGGGACAAUUUUGGCUUCAUCACGUACCGCUACACUUGUGACGCCUUUGCCGCCCUUGAGAACGGACACACCUUACGCAGGUCAAACGAGCCUCAGUUCGAGCUGUGCUUUGGCGGACAAAAGCAGUUCUGCAAAUCACAUUACACAGACUUGGACUCCCAUUCGGACGACUUUGAUCCAGCCUCCACUAAAAGCAAGUAUGACUCCCUGGAUUUUGACAGCUUGCUGAGGGAGGCUCAGCGCAGCCUGAGAAGGUAACCAGUUCAGUGGCACCUGCUGUCUGCCACAAAGAGGGACUUCUGAUACCUCACUGUUGUUUCUCGCUCCUUUGACGACGAGACUACCAGAAGUUUUACACUCUGUCAUAGAGUAUAUAAGAAUAAGUCUAUAGACCUAUAUCACUAUAAAUGAAUAUAUCAAAAAUAAAGUUUACAUGAACAUAGCUGCUGAAGAGCUGGGAAGAGACAUUGCAUUCUGGGAAAGCCAGUGAACCCUCAGAAUCUGGUGCACAGGUUCGGUGCGCUCUACUGCUGUACAACAUCAGUGAAAGAAGAAGAAGAAAAAAAAACUCAUGAUUUUUUUUUCUUUUUUUCUCCAAGCACUACAAUGCCCACAAUUCUUUGGGGGUGAAAACAUGCAGCUUGUUCAGCCAGAUUUGCUUUUUUCCUUUUGCUGUUGAUUUUCUUUCUUCUUCCUUUGAAAUCUGGUGUUUGGAUCUGGUGUUACAUUACAAAUAUAGGGAGUUGGAGGUUAAAAAUUCUCAAGGUGACAUUGUUGUCUACAUUUUAAGGAGAAAUGUAGCUGUGUAUUUACAAAUACUAUAAAAAGGAAUAUUUUUAUUUUAUGUACAUAUCGAAGUUCUUUAUUUGUUACAGCUAUGCACUGUAAAAUGCAGCCUUUUUUAAAAUGAGGAGAAAAUUUCUUAAUUCAGAAUGUCGAUCUGUAGUAAUUACAAUACUGUAAACAUAUUGUACACCUACAUGAUGUUUAGAAGACAUGAUAUGAUUGUAAAAAAAGAAAAAAAAGAUGUGUCCGAUUGCUCAUUUUGAGGGAGCAUGUGAACAAAUGUCCUUUUUUAAGUUAUUUUGUUGGGGGAAAAAAACAGUCAGCCAUGUAUAGUUUUCUCUGUUUAUAAAGAUUCUCAAUCAGUGUUUUUGCUUAUACAACCAGUGUAAAAUGCAUUUUUAACGUGUUUUUCAUGAUUGUAAAAAAAAGUUACCCCAUUUUUUAUUAAUUAUUUCUGAAGCAAUCAGUAUAUAUAUAGUAUAUAUAUAAUUCAGUUUGAUUUCAUUGCUUUGUAUGGUUCUCAUUUGAUUCAGUGAGAGAGGAAAAAUUGCAUUUGAAUCUUUUCAAUCAGUAUAAACACAUAUUUAUCUAUUUAUUUUAAUAUUUGAAUCAAAAAAAAUAUUUAUGGACUCCAUUUUAACAUGGCGUACCUCAUGAAAUUUAUUUGCUAUUUAUGUUAUGUCCUUCGAUUUGUGUUAUUUAACUUGCAAUCACUGGACAAUAAAUGCUUUGGUGGGGAUAAUAUUACCUUCUAUGCCUUUCCGAAACAAUCAAAAACAUUCAGCUAAUGAGUCCAGCCCCUCAUCCUUUUUUAGCCUUUUAUCUCCACUAUCAGUCAGAUCUGCAACCAUUUUUUUUUCUUCAUUGAACCACAGAACAUGAAGCAAUAAAAUGAUUUUGCAGGAAAUUUUGUUGUACCACUGUAAAACACAUGUUUUCAUCACUCCACUCACGCUUGAUUAUGUGAAUGCCAAACAAAAGUUUACAAUUUCCUUUUUUUUUCCAGAAUUUUUUAAAGAUCUUGUAUUUGAUGUACAAAAAUAUAUAUACUACUAAUAUUAUUCACAAUAAUUACAAGAUGAUUAAUAAUAAUAAUGAUAAUAAUAUAAAUGAAAGGAGAAAAAAACUAUAUAAAAAGCAAUAAAUUAUUUUUCAGAGUUGUAUUUUAGCUCCUACUGUUGUGUGAUUUUUGGACUUGACCCAUUACCCAGUCGCUGGUAGUUAGAAUGAAUCCAUUCCAGUGUCUUGGCAUUUUCAUUUCACAUUUUGCAGUAAAAAAAAAACAAAACAAAA